CAGAAAUAAAAGCCGACUGCAAAGUUUUUCAGAAUGGUCUGAAUGGGGAGGAAAUUUUGGAUUUGGACAAACAGCUUAGAACAAAGAAAUGUAACACAAAAUCCCAUCGGAACAGGAAAACAGUGUCCUGACCUUGUCGAAAACAGAUACAUAGAUAUAACACCUACAGUUAUUGAGACUGCAAAAAAUGUUGAACAAUAUUUUAUACGACCAAAAUAUAACCCUAACAUAAACCCUGGUGAAAGAAGGCUACUUGUGCGACGACAGACGAAUCAAGGAAAUGUCCGGGACCUUCUACUCAUCAUGGACAGCUCUGGUAGUAUAGGGUGGAGUAAUUUUCGGAAGGCAAACAAGGAGAUAAGCACAUUGAUAGGUUUGCUUUGCCCAGAAAAUCCGUUUGAAAAAGUGAAUGGACAGUAUCAGUACAAUCAAGCCGCUAUGCUCACAUUUUCCACAACUGUUCAUCAACAUUUCGACUUUGAUGACCAUGCAACCACCGAGGAUAUUCAAGGGGCGAUUUCAAAAGCUAUGUAUUAUGGUGGUGGAACAAAUACUGCAGAAGCCUUCAUACAAGCUAUUGGGAUGUUCAAAUCUUCUAAAGGUGAGUAUUCAUAAUCAACAUGUGAUUGUUUUUU